AAUUUAAUAUGUGAAAAGAAUGAAGAAAAUUAUAAAGCUACUAUCUUUUCAUUUAAUUUUUGUGCUGUAUUAAAAAUGUCAAUUUCAUAAAAAAAAAUUUUUUAUUGACAGCUGUCAAUCAAAGAACUGUCCCAAAAAAGUUCUGUACACUUCGGAUAUCUGAUUUUGAAGGAAUAUUUUUACUGGAUUUCGGGUGGAGUCCCUUUAUAUUUUUUACUGAUAUAAAUAUGGAAAACUGACAAUUGAAUAUAUUUUGUUUCUUUGCCAGUUAUUAUGAACUUUGCAUUUCAUCAGCACGGAAGUCCAGGUAGUGAAUCAGGUGUUGUUAGUGAUUGUGAUACAAUGGCGGAUCUAGCUACUUUACUUCGUCAGGAAAUCCCUGAGGGACGUAAUAGCCUAACCGAAAAUCACACAAAUUUAGAACGAGUAGCCGAGUAUUGUGAAGCUAAUUAUUUUCAGUCUGAACAUAAAAGGACGGCUCUCGAGGAAACCAAAAAUUACACUACUCAAUCUCUGGCCAGUGUGGCAUAUCAAAUUAAUACACUUGCUUAUAACUUUCUUCAAUUAUUGGAUUUGCAAACAUCCCAGUUAGCUGAGAUGGAGAGUCAAAUGAAUCACAUUUCGCAGACUGUUAUGAUACACAGGGAAAAAGUUGCUCGUAGAGAAAUUGGUGUAUUAACGGCUAAUAAAUCGACUAAUAGACAAUAUAAAAUCAUUGCUCCUGCCAAUCCUGAAAAACCGAUUAAAUAUGUGAGAAAACCAAUUGAUUAUACUAUUUAUGACGAUAUCGGACAUGGAAUUAGAAAUAAUGGUACACCUAAACAAAAACUGAGAGGAUCAAGCCAAGGAAGCAUUCAAUCCCUAAAUUCGAUGGUUGGUAAUUCUGUUGGACCAGCCCCAACUACCAAGCCACCAACUCCACCACAAGUUUCCCGUGCACCUAGUAAAGCUUCAAUAACUGGUACAUUAACUAAAAAUAGUAGGGAUUAUAGAACACCUCCUGCAGUAGCCCCACCUCAGGUGCCAAGCCACUAUGCCCCAAAUUAUCCUAUGGGACAUCCCAGGAGAGAAAGAGGUCCUGGUUACAGUACACUGCCACUUACUUCUUCUAAUCAGCAGGUGACAUCACCUCCACAGGUUGGCAUGGUUAUGCCUAUGAACAUGCAGCAGCAGAAUAUGCAUCCACAAACUCCUCCUCCCCCACCACCUGUCAGUGCUGGGUACAUCGAUGACCGUCAUAUGAGCAUGCCACCUCCACCGUCUCCAUUGGUGAAUCAAGAAAUCAUCCUGCCGAACAAGAAUCAGCAUCAUCCGAUGAUGAUGCAGCAACAUGCACCUGUCCCUGCUGGAAGUCUGGGGAUGCAUACGUUGUCGCAUGCUCACGGACAACGUCUCUCAAGGGACAGCCAAUCUCCACCUCUACCACCUCCACCCCCACCAGAAGAUGAACACGCCUCUUUCGGGAGGCCACGAACCUCUACAGUGAUGCCAAUUGUUCCAGACGAAGAUGAUCUUCCGGGUUGGGUACCAAAGAAUUACAUUGAAAAAGUGAUCGCAAUCUACGACUACUAUGCAGAUAAAGAUGACGAACUCAGUUUUCAAGAGAGUGCUGUAAUCUAUGUUUUGAAGAAAAAUGACGACGGUUGGUGGGAGGGAGUCAUGGAUGGUAUCACGGGUCUGUUCCCUGGAAAUUAUGUGGAGCCCUGCGUUUGAGUGUGAAACAUUCCAUGAUUACAUGACGGUUAUUUGUUGUACAGGGAGGAGGCUUGUUGACGUCAUAUUUAUACUACUGUAUGUUAUGAGACAUUUUAAGUGCUUCUUCGAAUACGUAUUAGGGACUUUGAAAAUAUUAUAAAUAAGUUUAAAUGAUAGAAAAUGUAUAUUCAGCUUUAUUAUAUUUAUUGAAGAUUUUAGUAUGAGAUUUUUAAUUAUUCUAUUGGAAUUAUGUAAGGAAAAUGAAAUUUAUUGCACUACAUUUAAUAAACAUUGAUGAAAUUUCA